CGCAUCGUCGUCGGUUUUGGGUGUGCAUCGCUCUCUUCUGUUUCCAUGUUUGAUGCGUGAUUUAAUUCUGUUUCUCCUGUACUUCAGUCGCAAAACAACCGUACGUCACCACUGACGUUUUAGACACGGAAUAACAACCCACGGCUGCUAUCGAUCCCUUGGCGGGUAUACGACCAUUAUCCAUUGACAAACAAGUACAUCGAGUUGCCGCAUAUACAUCUUUUCAUCCAACUUAAUUUUGACAUGGAAACAACCACCUAUUGUUACUGGCAGGUGUAACAACUGUUGUAUUACCAUCCUACUAGUAAAUUUCUUAUAAAAUCUCUAGAUUUAGUUUCCAUUCAUUCUGCCCUGUGUUUACAUUCCUCUCGCCGAUAGUGGACGAUCAGUAGAAUGAAUUGGAAAUAAUCGUAGAAUGUGAUAAAACAUGAACAUCAAUGUCUUGCUUCUAAUUCUUUAGUUCAAUUUCUAACACUUUUUCUAAUGUCAAACAUAUAUUUGUCUUUAUUUUACGAUUGAAACGAUAUUGACAGUGCACCGGAUUGGUUAAAUGUACUUUCGUUUAAAACAUGAUGCAUUUAUAUACGCCACUCUUACUUUUUGUGCUUCUAAAUAUUAUUAAAAUCGUGUCCCCGCAUAAUGAUUUCUUCGACGAAGAGUUAAUGUUAAAACCGUUGUCAAGCAAUCAUGUUUAUGCAUACUUUCAAUUUACCACUGUGUGGGAGGCACCCAAAGAAUCAAAAACAUUACAACAUUCCCAUUUAUUUCCAAGAGGGCUUGGAGAAAUUAUAAGUCGUCAUGGUAUAGACGAAUUACAUCUCACUUUAACCAAAGGAUUAUGGAAUUACCAAAAAUGGGGGUACCCCUAUCAUGAUGCAGGUCCUGGUGCUGAAAUAACCACAUGGUUUCAUAAAGAUGUUAUCAACGUUGACAAUGAAUGGAAAGGUUUGACAAAUGCAUUAGCUGGACUGUUUUGUGCCUCUCUAAAUUUCGUUAAUCCAUCGAAUAGUAUGUCUCCUGAGUUCACAUUCCGGCCUAGUGGUGUUGUAGAGAAUAAUAACGUUAAUUCUAGUCAUUUACGCUAUUCAUCUUUACCUAGAGAAAUAGUUUGUACAGAAAAUUUAACGCCCUUCAAGAAAUUAUUACCAUGCGAUUCUAAGAAAGGUUUAGCAACAUUAUUAAAUUCUGCAUAUAUUCAUAAUACAAAUUAUCAUUCCAUUGGAGUUCACUUCCGUGUGAUAUGUUCAAAUGCGAUCUGCACAAAAGCAUCAUUAGAACUACGACAGACUGUUUCACUGAUAUAUGAUACUAUGGUAGAUACAUCUCAGAAUUGGUCAGUGCGUAAAUUUUUUGGAAUUGGAAUUAAAGGGGCGUGUCCACUUGCUUCAUUGAGCAAUGUGUACGUCGAUGUAUCGAAUAAUAAUACUAACCAAGUUUACCGAUUAACACCUGCCCCAAGUGCUAAAAUUACUAGCCUUCGAGGCGGUCAAUUAAACGAAAUCGCUGUAUAUGAUAUUAGAUCUUACUCCGCGCAACGAAUAUUUAAUAUUGAAGUCACGCAUACCGCUGGUAUUAAAGUUAGUUUAAAUUAUCCAUCAAUUUUGUUUGCAAAUAGAUAUAUUAUCGGGUAUGGACAAGAAAGGGGUAGUUUGGUGACAAAACUUUACAAUAAUUACUGGCAAUCGUUGGACGUAGUUCUCUUAGAAAAUAUUCCAUGGUAUUUGCCAGUAUAUUUUCAUACUGUUACAAUAACUUGCGGAGGACAACGUAUUAUUCCAUUGGCUCAGCGUUAUCUGCCUGGCAAAGAAAGGAAAAGUCCGUAUUAUCUAGAAAUGAUUUUGCGUUUACCACCACAAUCAGUAACGAAAUUUUCUAUAGAAAUGGACUAUUCAUUUCUUAAAUGGCAAGAAUAUCCACCAGAUGCCAAUCACGGAUUUUAUAUGGGUUCAGCCAUCAUUACUGCUUUACUUCCCGUCGCAAGAAAUUACACUGCCCUACCACUCGAUGGAAGUACUAUAACAUCCAGCUUUAAUGCUUCAAGACCCGGAUAUUUGGUACAACUAAGAACAGAAUCGUUACUCGUCAGCCUGCCUACGCCUGACUUCAGCAUGCCAUAUAACGUAAUUUGCUUAGCGUGUACAGCAGUUGCUCUUGCGUUCGGUCCGCUUCACAAUAUCUCAACCAAAAGAUUAGUUUUAAAGAAAAUCGAAAUGGAUUGGAAAGAAAAAUUAUUUUCCUCCUUAAAGAAAAUGAUUGUCAAACCAAAGAAGAAAAAACAAGAAUAAAAAUGUGAUUUAUUUGUUUCUUUCCUACAUAUAAAUGUGUUCUUAAAUUAAACGAAGUUGUUAAAGUUAUCAUAUUAAGGCAGAAAACGUCGUUCCACAAUACAAAACACAAAUUUUUAACGUAACGUGUAACGAAUUGCAGGAACAAUCUCGAUUACAAAUAAGUGAACAGUUCGAAAUUUAAUUUUAUUCUUUUCCUUCUUUUUCUUUCUUUUUUCUUCUUUUUUUUUUGUAACAUUACAUGAAGUAUAAAAAGUGCACACAAUUCUUUAUUGUAUAGAUUAGACACUUACGAACUGAAAAUACCGAAACUGGUUUCGUGUGUUACAAACGUUAGUAAGGGUUCUCAUAAGGCUUUACAAUGCACUGCAAAUGAUAGAAUUGCGUGUAUUAUGUAAUUAUUAAAUGUUCAAUGAUCGUGUAAAAUAGAAACAAUAAAUAUUGUAACAAAUGUAACGCGCGCACAGUGAACAUUAUGCA